ACACAGCGCACAGUCAAUACACCGACCCGACGUCAACAUACAGUAGGAGCCUCCCGGGUGCGCUCACCAACGGCAAACGAGUUCCAGACUGCGGGUGCCGAUCUACACGUCCUGAGCACCCUACCCGCAGUGCUGUUCGGGCACAUGAGCGCGUGAACGCUUUGGGCUAGCUGCUGCCGCUGCUGCUGCCACUGCCGCUGCCGUUGCUGCUGCAAAGGGCAAGUGAUCAGCUACGUGCUGCCUUGCAUCCAAAAUGUAUCCCAAGGAUCGGAUUCGAGACAAGACAAAUCAGAUGCCGCCGAACCUGAUGACGCUGUUCGCCCACGUCAUGAGCCGGGCCAACGAGGGGGGCAGCCGGGGGUCCGCCGCCGCCCACGGCUGGGACGAGGUGCUCAACGCGGCGGCGUCCUCGUCGCCUUCGUCGACGACGUCGUCAUCGUCCUCGUCCUCUUCCUCGGGCACGAUAUCGCCGGGGCCGUGCUGCCCGAUGAGCGCGCAGGACUGGCGCAAGGCGGAGGCCUUCAGCGUCCACCUCCAGUCGCUCCUUGCGGCGCGCGACGCCCUCUGCGGCUCCAACGGGAGAAGCAGCAGUAGCAGCAGCAGCCGCGGCGCUGGAGCAACCGCCGGCGGCAGCGGGCAGAGCAACGGCGCGUCAUCGUCGUCGUUCUACGGUCCCCAGUCCGGAGCGGAGGGGCGCUCCAGCCCCGCCUCCUCCGGCCCCGCCGAUGGGCGAGAACCCUCCCCGUUUCCAGGCGGAAGGAAAGACUCGACGCCCCACGCCAACGGCAGGGCGAAGGGCGGCCGGGCAAAGGCCCCCGCUGCCCCUUCCGGUGCGGCCGCUACGCCCAACAACGCGGCCGGCACGGCGUGGCCUCAGCACGUCCCUGGAGCGACCCCCAAGGAGUCGUCGUCGCGCGGCGGCGGGGAGGAGCCCUCGGCGCCGAUCAAGGCGGUGGGGCGGGUAGCCGUUUCUCGCAGAGUAAACGGCGGCGCUGAGGGCGCUAUCGCGUCGCUGGCGGUGUCUCGGGCGGGCCCGGGGGCGUUCGAGACGCCAGCCCACACCACCUCUCACCACCAUCACCACCUCCACCACGUCCAUCACCACGCCGACCGGGCGGGGGCGGCCGGGGUGCCGGGCACCGAGGACAGCAGCGGCGGCGGCGGCAACAACAGCCUCAGGGGGAGGGAACACUCUCCCUCGAGGUACCCGGCGCGCUUGAGAAGCCGCAGGUUUCCCCAGCUGACAGGCGGCGGCGAAAGCCCCGAUUCCCAGCCUCCUCCUCACCACCACCAUGAUCAUCGGACGGAGGGUGCCGGAAUGGACGGCCUCGAGGGUCACCAAUCGCAGGGAGGGAGGCGCCUCAGCCCCCGCCACUCUCCCCCCGCCUCGGUGGGGCGUGAGCACGGGCACGGAGUUCCCCCGGACGCUCGCCGCCAGCACAACGCCCACGAUUGGGUCGUCACGGCCGGAGCGGAGAAGAGGGCAGCGGGCGCGGGUGGGGGCGGCAGCGGGAGCGCGAGCAGGGGGGAAGAAGGCGGCGUGUCCACCCACGACGGCGGCAGCGGACACGAAGGAGGCGGCGGCCGAGCGGGCGAGGGCUUCGGGAUGAGGACGCGCGCCGCCGCACCCAAGGGCUCGUACGAGCUAGGCCCGGCGGCGGUGGCCUCGUCGGGCCCUUCCUCUUCGCCCCUGCCGGGUGCUUGCACCCCGCAGAUGACCACGGGCGCAGUCGUCUCCCCGGUGCCGAUGAACUUCCGGUCUGCGCCGCCACCCAUCAUGAGCGCUGCCGCCGCCGUCGCCGCCGUCGCCGCCGGCCGCCCGAGCCCGCGGGCGGAGGUCGCUGCCCCGAGACCCCGACAGGUUCUCCAAGGCGGCGGGAGGUCCGGCGGGCGGGCGGCCCCGUUGCCGCGGUCCUCCGUCGGAGGCCGCAACUACACGGACAACCACGUGAAGCAGCUGGGGCUGAUCGAGGCGGCGGUGGUGGCGAGCGCCACGGCGCGGGACCGGGCGACGUACAACCUCCCGAGGCAAGGGCGGACCCUGACGCUCACGAACGUGUUCAAGUUCAUCGCGCUGCGCGGCGCGGGCGCGAUGUACCGCCUGGCCAUGGACAAGCAGGUGGAGGCACACACUGGGCGGCACUCAAACUUCUUCGACGGCAAGAUCGACGCGCGCAUCGUCGGCGUCAUCAAGAAGGACAUCGGCGACGAGGCCAUCACCAAGUCGCGCAAGUUUUCAAAGAUUUUGCUCUCCCUAAUCGCUGAAGGAUGCACCCACCCCGACUGCGACUGGGACCACACUUCCUUCACGUCGGAGAAGAUCGCCAACCUCCAGGCCAGGAUGGAAGCGAGUACGGGCACAAGUGCCCUCAAGUUUUGCGCCGACCCCGCCGUCUUCCUCGCCGCCGCCGGCGCGGCAGCGGCAGCAGCAACCCCUUCAGGGUCGUCGUCCGCGCGCGGCGGUGGUGGAGGCAGUGGUGGCGGUAGCGCAGCGGCAGCGGCAGCGGCGGCGGGGCGCACAGCAAGCGGAGGCUUGACCUCGGCAGGGACGACAUCGCGGGCCAGACCCCGAGCCCACGCUUGAAGAAGCUUAAGCGCGCCGCGAGGGCCAGGGUGACCACCGUGGGUUCGUCAGCAGCUGACGGCGGCGUGGAGAGAACGCCGACAGCGGAGGGAAAUUCCAAAUCGCCACCCAAAGAAGAAGACGACAUGCGCGCCGCCGAGGUGCUGCAAGGGCUCAAGGACAUCGUCGGCAGCCAGUAGGCCCGUUUCGUUGGCGACCUACGUGAUGGAUGGGCACGCGAGGAGCGCAUGGGAGCAAUGACUAGAGCUUUCACUAGAACCAUGCAGCUCGGUGCGCGCGGAGGGUGGGUGAAAGGAGAAUGAGAAUUUGGUUUUGAUCUUGCAGGGGAAGUCAUGUUUUACAGGCGGUGUUUCCAAUACGUUAAUCGAGCAUGGGCCAGAGCGACGCGAUACUGGUAUUGUUGUUGUCCUAGAUUUCUGUGCCCUCGAGCCAACGAGUAACAGGAACCGGGCGGGGAGCGUAUUGGGGAGAAGCGCGCCCCGCCCCAAGACGGAUCGUGCCCCGCUUCCUAUUACACUCGAAUCGCUUCGCUUCCUUUUUUUUCUUUUAGCACAUUUGCUCGCGGGGCAUCGUAGGGUGGGCCGGGUACUACGAGGAUACGGGCAGGCGUCCGGUAUACUGGUGGAAUAGUCUUGUGUUCGGGCUACCUCGGCUGCUCGACCACAAGCAAGCAACAAAAACUCGGGAACGGGUAAAGUACAAUGUUGGGGGUUCAGUUGGCGAGAAAGUUGAAAGAAGGCACUACGGUACGCUUCCGGUCUUGUUCGUCUCGAGAUUGGGCGACAAGGACCAUGUUUCUAAUUUUGCGAGCUUACAGAUAUAUGCCUGAGGAAUAAAUCGGGACGCAACACACGAGUAAACAAUGAGUGUGGAGGCUUCUUUUGGAGGGUCAUACGUAGCUGCAAAGUGUGUUUGUUCGAAGAGGGGACGAACAGAGCAGAGGGUAGGUGUUUUUUGUAGGUCUUAAGGUGGCGGGGGUUCUUGGCGAUCCCAUCCGUCCGAAAGACUUGUUUUAUUGGUUGUUAUCGCUGAGGUGUGGGAGGGACGCAGAGAAGAUAGGGAGGAGGAGGGGUGGUCGUUUCCUGUUCUUUCGCUCCAGGCGUAAAAGCGGCAAAAGAAAAAGAAGUUUUAGCAUGAAUGAUAUGGUACCGCAUGACGUGCGAUCGGUGGUCUGCAAACGCUUCUUGGUUAGGCGCUGGCGGACGUAGGGUUAAUCAAGGGGUUGGAAAAGAGACUGGCUGCCUUAAGCAGCUACGAAGCCAAGAGGUCUGGCCUGGCAGAAACGAACACGAACCCGCCCGACCGAUAGUGGCACGGGUUGUGUUCUAAAUGCAUUAUUAACCUCCUCGGGGCUGUGCGAAUAUAUUGUGAAAGAGUGCACGCAUUGAAACGUGUUUUUCCUGUGUGAUCCGGGAUGGGAGCUCGUCACCAAUAGUGGAAGCAAGGUCGUACAGGGCGAGAAAAUAGAACUGCGGAGUACAGUAGUGAGCUGGCGAUAUAAUACA